GCUAGCAGAUCAGCUUCUAGCCGAAAAUCAAACAAUUUCAAGCGGCAAUAAUAAUGGAUAGUCACCAUAAUAUGGUGGAAUACAAAGCUGAAAUCAUCAACUUGACGGUAAUGGCUGAGGACCGUUCUGUUGUAAUAUGCCGAGUCAGAAGGCAUACGCUCUUUGGAAAAAUCAUGAUGAAAUAUAGUCAGCAAGUGGGAAUUCCUGUCAACUUACUUCUCUUCCGCUUCGAUGGUGAGUCCAUCAACGAAACGGACAGACCAUUCAUGCUGGGUCUGGAAGAAGGAGACAUGAUAGAGGUCUACCGCCAACAGACUGCGGGCUAAAUAAUACGCUACAAGCAGUUUCACAUUUAUUAUAAUAUAUUAAAUACAUGGGUCUUCAACUUGCCUAGUUGCUUAUUGUCUUAGUAAAAAGUCCA